AAACGACCAUCAAGCAACGGCAACACUCUACCACAUUUUAAUUUUCCCCGCGGCAUGAUUGCAUAGCGGUUGGCUCUACAGCUCGAGCCGGGUUAGAUCGUUUUUGAACGGCUCUAUCCUCAUCCGCUUUCCAAUUCCAAGUUCAACCAAAGAAGUUUGAUUUCCUCGCAGCUUGCUCACCACCGCAAGCUGCCCACCGAACAUGGAUAUCCACCGUUGCCGUUUCGUGCCCUACAAUCCGCAGGCGAUUAAUGCGCUCGCUUUCUCCCACCCUCCCUCCGCAGGUCUUUCUGGACGCGGUAUCCCUACCCUUCGACUGGCGGUUGGUCGCGCCAAUGGCGACAUCGAGAUAUGGAACCCAAUGCGCGGCGCUUGGUUCCAGGAGACGGUUCUUCGGGGAGGAAAAGAUCGAAGCAUAGAGGGACUCGCGUGGACGCUUGAUCCCCCCGAAGAUGGUCCCGAAGGCGUCAAGAUCCCCGGUCGACUCCGCCUGUUCAGUAUUGGGUUUUCCUCCGCCGUGACCGAGUGGGAUAUCGAGCAGGGUCGCCCGAUGCGUCAUUCGAGUGGAAACUACGGCGAGAUCUGGUGCCUGGCAGCGCAGCCUAGAUGGGAGUCGACGCAGCGGGGUAAGGAUGGCAAACUCGUGGGCCCCGCAGAGGGAGAGUAUACCGGACAACAUCUCGCAGCUGGAUGUGCGGAUGGUUCGAUUGUGAUCUUGUCUACGGCGGACGGAGACUUGAAAUACCUCCGUUUGAUGCGCCCGUCCACCAAGCGAGCGAGAGUUUUGAGUGUUACCUUUCAGAACCGCAACACCAUCGUGGCGGGCUAUGCCGACAGCUCGAUCCGACUGUUUGAUAUUCGAAAUGGACAGCUGCUGAGGACGAUUUCGCUUGGCAAGGGCCCCGCGGGUGGUCCCAAGGAGCUGCUCGUUUGGUCGGUCAAGUGCCUGCCAGACGGCACGAUUGUCUCGGGUGACUCGGCCGGUGAAAUCCGAUUUUGGGACGCGAAGAACUACUCUCUCAUCCAGCGGCUACAGGGCCACAUGGCUGAUACUCUGGACGUUGCCGUGAGCGCCAGUGGUGAUACCGUUGUCAGUGGAGGUGCGGAUCAGAGGACUGUUGUCUACAAGAAAAAACAGGGAGAAAAGGGCGACAAGAAAGGACGAUGGGCCGAAGUGAUGCACAGACGAUACCACACCCAUGAUGUUAAGACCUUUGCUGUCUAUGAGACAAGGGAUAUCAGUAUCAUUGUGUCUGGAGGUCCCGAUGCCACGCCGGUCGUACUGCCCCUCCGUGAAUUCGGUAAAGAACACCACAGAAAGCUGUCGAGCUUGCCCCAAAUACCCCAACUUGCUUCGUCUCCUUCGUCUCGGCUGGUCAUGAGCUUCUGGGAUAGAGAAGUUAGCAUUUGGCGUGUGUCCCGUGGCCCUACAACAUCUUAUGAAAACGCCGAUGGACAAAAGCAUCGACUCGUCGGAAAGGUUUUGAUUCAGGGCGAAGAGAACAUCACUUCAGCCAUGCUGUCGUCAGAUGGAAAGAUUUUGACUAUUGCUACGACAUCAGAUGUCAAGGUUUUCUCUGUGCGGCGGCGCAAGGGCGACGAGCGAGGGGCUUUACGUAUACAGAAGCUGGAUGUCGACUCCGCACUUGCCGAUGACGGUGCACGACUGGUCACUAUUUCCCCCGAUAGCCGCUGGCUCUGCGUCGUUCGCCCCAACAGUGAGAUUUAUUUGGCCAAGAUCAAGCCUGCCGCCUCUCCUCAGGAGAAGCCCCAGGUGCUGUCACCUCUCCUGAAAAUCAACAGAGUUACCCGACACACUCGCCACGAGAAAGCCUCCCAUGGAACUUUGGGUGAGUAUGAAAGGACAAUCCGAUGUGUCGUAUUCUCCGAUGACAGCAGGGUCUUGGCCGCCGGUGAUAUUUCUGGCUGUGUGGAUACCUGGAGAUUAGAGGAAGCCGAGUCGGGCUCGAAAGCUCUCGCGAAAUCUAAGAGACCCGCAGAGUCCGAUGACGAGUCUGACGACGAAGACGAACAAACCGCUAUCGAGGGCGAGCGCUGGACUCUCGCCGCCGCUGAAACUCCUAUACCCCGUCUUAAGGCCGGCGUUGUUUUGCUAUCCUUCCGCCCUCAGAGUCCGGAUACGAAGCUUCUGACCAACGGUGCCUCUUCAAGUGAGAGCCGGUUGAUGGUGCUCACGAGCGAACACCAGUUGGUCGAGUUCGAGGCCCUUGAAGGCAAACUAUCAGAUUGGUCGCGGAGAAACCCCACGGCGUACCUCCCCGCUGAAUUCCGAGGCGUGAAGGACCGAGCGAUGGGUUGCAUGUGGGAUCUAUCCGAAGGCCGUGAUCGCUUCUGGCUGUACGGUUCUUCUUGGUUGUGGAUGUUCGACUUGAAGCAAGACUUCCCCUCGCCUGAGGAGGCCGAGGUCGAGGCCAACGAGGACUCGACUGCACCCGGACAACUCGUCAAGGCCUCAGCAGCCAACAAGCGAAAGCGCGAGCUACAGGAAGAUGGCGAGAACGCGAGGAAGAAGACCAACAGCGGUGCCGGUGAUAAGAUGUCUCUGGCACAGUCGGAUCUCGGCUUCGGGUCCAAGAUCCGCAAGGUUGUCGGAUCGGAUGGGUCUCAGGGAGAGUGGAUUUCGCUGGACAAAGAGCGACGCCGAGGAGUGGAUGGAGAUGAUGAUGCUUACGAGAAUGAUGAAGCUUAUACAGCCGGCCAAGACGCGAACCUGGCACGAUUAAGAAGAGAAGCCGCCCUGAGUGGGGAGGAAACCAAGUCCACCAGCACACCCAAGAAGAAGCGUCUUUCUGGUAUUGCAAGGUUGCUCCCCCUUGUCAAUGGAUUCGGGGAGACACCGAGACGUAAGACGGAUGACCAGGAUGUGCUCGAGACCCCGUCCCAGAAGCAACUGGUGCCGACUGGGAAUAACGCAGCACCCCAACCGUCUCGUCGGUGGUGGCACACAUACAAGUAUCGUGAUAUUCUGGGAAUUGUCCCAUUGAGUCCCCCAUCCACCGAGGAUGGAGAAGAAGAGGAAGAAGGCAGCAGUGGUCUCGAGGUCGCCGUCGUGGAACGACCAAUGUGGGAUGUGGAGCUGCCAGGUCGCUAUGUGAGAGAUUAUGCUUAAAAGUGGAGAAGCAACGGCGCGGACAGUUAUGAUCUAUCUCGACGUUACACCACAAUUUACUUUUUGAUAUUAUCUGUGAUUCCUAGUGCUAUUUACCAAGGAGCAUAUAACUCGCAGAAGCCAGGCGCAUUGUACAGAAGUCUUUUUCUUUUAUAUUACUUUAUUUGGCGGACAGGAUAGGCUACUCAGUAUUCAUACCUAUUUUAGACAAAAGUUUUCAGGAAAAAAAGAACCCCAUCACGCCCUAUCUUUGAGUCAAUGCAUAUGGAUACGAACCGGAGAAUUUUCUAGUGCUUAGCCCCUACAGCAG